AUGAGUUUCUAAGAAAUCUCUAAGCAAAUAGAGGAGAUGACUAAUUUCCUAGUAUAAUUCAAUAAUAACUUUUUAGUUAGAAUAGAGCGAUGAAAAUUUAGUAAACACGUCUCCUACGAAUAGAGAAUAAAUUAAUCUUAUCAUCCAUGAUCAUAAAGUGAAAUAGAGAAUUAAUAAUAUGUUGAAAUAGAAGGUAAUUUAUGUUACCCUAAAUAUAGAGUAGACAAUAUCCACAUUAAUAUUUAACUGUUGAAUUAUCUAGCGAUGACAAUUAUGAAAUUGAGUUGGAUUAAGAUGAUAUAAAAUAAGUAACGAAAUUUUAAUAUUCAAAUUAUAGGUUUGUGAAAAUUUUGGAGAAGUCAAAUAAGUAUACACUAAACUAAAUGGAGCAAUAAUAAUUAAGUUAAAUACUGUUUUUGAUGCUUUUAUUGUUUAUAAACUAUUAAACAAACAUUAAAUUAAAGAGUUGGAUGUUACUAUCAAGAUUGAAUUUACAACAUAAUAAGAUCUAUUGGAAAUCAUGGAAAUAUAGGACUCUAAUUAAUAAAAAUUUACAUGUCGAUAUGAUGUUUAAAUUGACAAUGAUAAAGAAUUUUAAGUUGCUCGCAAAAUUAUUGGUAAUUUAUUUAUCAAAUCAAUAUAGGAGCUAAAGGAUGUAAUAUGAAAAAAAUUAUUGAUUAAUGCUUAAUAGAUUGUGAUACAAAAGAAUAAGAUCUUGUUAAACUCAGAUUAAGAGGUAGAGGUUCAGGUUACAAAGAAGGUCCUGAAAAAAGAGAAUCUUAAGAACCUUUACAUUUAUGUGUGUCAUCAAAACAUAAUCAUCUAUUUUUGAGAGUAAAACUAUUUGUAAUUCAAUUAGGCCUGUUAAUUAGUUGAAUAAUUACUUUUAAAAAUAUAUGAAGAAUAUAAAUAAUUUGGACUUAAUAAAGGACGUAAAUAAUCACAUUACACUAUUAAAAGAGUUUAAUAAUCAAUAAAACCUCAAACAAAAUCUAAUUUUAUGCCAGAAUUACCAAAUUUUAAUUUCUCAAAUGUAUUUUCAUGUUUUAAGAUUUUUAGAAUUAAUUUGUUGAUUUUAACAAUGAAAAUAUUAUGGCAUAUUCAAACAUACCUAAUUAAUUAAUAUGA